UUCAGUUGAUAAUUCGUGAAGUGUUUACAUCUCUCCAGUUUCGAACAAUUUUAAUUCAGAUAAAACAACAGAAAAAAGUCGGUAAUGUUUCUUCGUUGAUCCGGGAAAAUCAAUAUCAGAGUACACUCGACGCUGCCACCCUCUACAACCCCUCGUGACAAGCAGUUGGUUCCGUAUCGCAAGCGGUUCAGGUUGGCAAUCCUUCAAACGGGAGCGUUGACCUAUAAAUGAAAAACAACGAAUUUUAUCUCUGUGACAGAAAUUCUGUGAUCCGUAACAUACGUCAUUAUUAUUAUACCUUUACUUGGCUCGCGAACACUUCGCACAACGCCCGUAUUUUAUAUUGGUUGGCCAGGAAAGCGCACGGGUUCAAUUUAUUCAAUUAGCGCGCGAAGAAUAAGUGUUAACGAUCUCUAUUGAGAGUUCGAGCUACACCGUUUCGCCAAAUCUGCAUCACUUGUUGAUAUUUCUACUUUUUUAUGAGAAUAUACGAGAAAAGUUGUGAGCGAAUUUUUUGUGGAUAAUGAGUUCUGACAACGAACACGGUUCUGGCGAAUCAGAGGCUCAAUCACAGAGCGUUGUUUUCGAGGCUUCCACCCAAACUCCUACAAACGAACAAUGUGAUUCGCCCUUUUUCACCCAAAAGGGCUACUGCCUUAACACUGCCGAUCAUAGCAAUCAUGCCUUAAAUAAUAUUCAACGCAUGCGUCAACACGGACAACUCUGUGAUAUAACUCUUAGGAUAGGUGUAGAAAAAUUUAGAGCACACAAAGUGGUGCUGGCCUCAGUUAGUUCAUAUUUUUUUGCAAUGUUCAAUGGUGACAUGAAAGAACAAUCGCUGCCUGAAAUCCAGAUACACGACUUAGAUGCCACUGCCGUAGGAUUAUUGUUAGAUUACGCUUAUACUGGGAAAAUAAACAUUACACCAGAUAAUGUUCAAGUGCUCCUACCGGCUAGCAGUGCUCUGCAGAUGCAGGAUGUCAGAGAAGCUUGUUGCAAAUUUUUACUGAAGCAAUUACAUCCAACGAAUUGCUUGGGGAUCAGGAGCUUCGCAGAUACUCAUUCAUGUAAAGAACUACAUAUGAAGUCCCAUGUUUUCGCUUUACAGAAUUUUCAGCAAGUUGUGGGUACGGAGGAGUUUUUAUUACUGCCUUUUCAAGAAGUCGAGGAAUUGAUAUCCAACAGUCAUCUUAACAUUUCUUCAGAAGAAGAUGUAUUCAUCGCCGCUCUGAAUUGGGUAAAACAUGACCUCACAGAAAGAAGUAAAUACAUUGCGAAGCUCAUGGUUCACGUCAGACUGCCACUUGUUAAUAGAGAAUUUCUCAUGACACGAGUAGAUAACGAGGGUCUUAUCAGAGAAAACAACGAAUGUAGGGAAUUACUUCUAGAAGCAAUGAGAUACCAUCUGGCACCAGAACGACGUUGCGCCUUAUCCAAUAAGAGAACGGUAGAAAGAAAACCGAAAGGAGCUGAGCCGUACUUAUUCGCUAUAGGUGGUAGUUCCUUGUUUGCCAUUCACGCAGAAUGUGAAGUUUACAACCCGAAAACUAAUACAUGGAGUGCUAUAGCACCUAUGCUGUGGAGACGUUCCAGAACAGGUGUAACGAGCUUGAGGAGACUUUUGUAUGUUGUUGGAGGCUAUGAUGGUGCAUCUGAUAUUGCUACAGCUGAGUGCUAUAAUCCCCUUACGAAAACUUGGUUUCCAAUCACACCUAUGGGAACAAAAAGAUCUUGUCUUGGUAUAUGCUCCUUCGAUGGCCUCAUCUAUGUAUGCGGGGGAUACGAUGGAGCGUCUUGUCUAAGUUCCAUGGAAAGGUUUGAUCCCUUGACUGGAAUCUGGUGCAGUUGCCCUGCCAUGAAUACCAGAAGACGCUAUUGUCGUGUAGCUGUAGUGGAAAACUGUGUUUACGCCCUUGGGGGUUUCGAUUCAGCCAAUUACCAAGCAUCAGUAGAGAGAUUCGAUCCUAGGGAAGGCUCCUGGAGUCCUGUGCCUUCUAUGACGUCACGGAGAAGUAGCUGUGGUGUCGCUGCAUUUGAUGGACAUUUGUACUGUAUAGGAGGUACCGAUGGGACAAUGUGUAUGUCAAGCGGUGAAAGGUUCAACAUCAAAAGAAAUGCUUGGGAACCCAUAACAGCAAUGCACAUCCGAAGGUCCACACAUGAGGUCGUUUCAAUCGGAUCCCAUAUUUACGCCAUUGGAGGCAAUGAUGGAUCAUCUAGUUUAAAUUCUGUUGAACAGUAUGAUCCAACGUUGAAUAAAUGGAUGGUGGUGUCACCUAUGAUGACUAGAAGGAGUUCAGUAGGAGCAGCGAUUUUGGAAUGCAUCAAUUUAGAGCACGUGCUCCGUCACACAACUGCAUCUUGACGGUCAGUUGACGAUUCUGAUGCAGGAUCAAUGUCUUCCGUAUCUAAUUCUAAAGCAAGAUAUCAUCGGAGGAAUAUCUCUUCAGAUUUUAGACUAUAAUCAGAAUAUUAUUGAUACUUCGCCAUCUAUUUUUUGUAUAUGGCAUACAUUUAUUAAGCUUUUCAAGUUUUUAUAUUUUUUAAACUAUGUAAACGAGCGUUCAUUGUCAAGUAAGCUAUACAAUUUUGAUUGGUUUAGUAAAAGCUACGUAUAACGUUCAAGCACAGAAUACUAUGCAAUUACCUUCUUGACAACGUCCGUUAUGAAGAAAUAGGGCAAUGAUUAUUAUAGAGUAGAAAGAUAGGAAAUGCCCUCAUAUCUCUAGUACUAAAAACCGACUAUAUUUUGGCCAGUGAAAACAUACGACAAUGAGAUGGCGCUGCAAACGUACUGUCAAUACAGAAAAACUGUUGAAUAACAGUUUUCUGUUCUGUUCUGGACAAAACAGUGGAAACGCAUUUUCUCUUAGAUUCUAUUUGUGCCUUUCGGUUGUCUUCAUCAUUUAACGUUCCUUGGAAAAGCGACGACUAUCAAAUACAAGUGAAAAUGUAUAUUGUGUUAUUAUUGUAUUAGUUUUUCGACAUAAUUUGGGUUUUUUCUCUGUUUUGUGCAUAACAUUGGUGGUUUGGUAACAGAAAAACUACUAAAGUGUCAAAGUUAGUUAUUAAAAUCAAAGAAAUAGUGAAUGGGCUGAGCAUUCCCUAUUCAGUAAAUAUGGCAGAAAAAUGUGAAAGAGAAAACCGAACGUGCGACCAGAUGCUGUCUUUUUCUAGAAUUUUGAUUCAGAGUAGGCACUUUCAUACGGGUAUUGCCAUCAAGACUUUGAGAGGUGCUCAGUCCAUUCCCUAUUUCUAUAAUUAAAAUAUUGCAACUUCACAUUGAGUUGAUAUAAUGCAAUCUCCCAUACAAUAGGGUUUUUUAUUCAACAGAAAUUUAAACAUUUUUAAACAGCGAUAUUGCAUUUGCUUCUGUGUUGUUGACAAGGCACAUUUUGAUAUAUUGUAGGAUAAAGUUUGUGUCUCAUAUCGUAGCUUCAAAUUCUCAUGUUCUUGAAACAUAUGGGGGGUUCAGAGCUGAAGUGAACCAAGUCCAUUCAGCCUAAUUUUGAGAUGAAUGGCUUAGAAGUUGUUUAU